AUGUCGCUGAAGAAGAGGACAUUUAAGCAGCGCGCCCACAGGAACGAGAUGAAGGAGAGACACCACGUCUCCUCCGAGCUGCGUAAGCGCAUGCGCGCGGCAAAGCGCCGGCACAAUCGAUUUGACAACAUUGACACGGGAUCACGGCCCCUGGAGGCGCUCAUGGAGGAAAUUGCGGAGGGAUCUGCGGCACCCACCCGGGAGGUGACGUUUGAUCCACGCAGCCUCACCGAUCUUCUUCUGCGUUCAGUCGCCGAGGGCGAGAAGGGUAGCAACAAGCGGCUCGUACUUCCAGAGACGCCUCUUCCGGAAAAUCAUCCGCUCAGCCUUCCAAUGGUGCAAAACGACAGGAAGGAUGUUGAAAAGGCCGGUACGAACAGUUCCAUUAAUACCAACAAGAAUCAAUACCGGCAUCACGGGGAUCCUUAUCUCUUUUGGGAACGCGUGGGUCUGCAUCCUUUGCUGCUAAAGGCCCUGAAGACCAUGCGGUUUGCACAUCCGACGCCCGUACAAGAAGAGGUUCUACCCAGUGUACUUUAUCAGGGCAUUGGUGAGGCAACGGCUACGGGCACUGCGGCAUCCAAGAAGGGUGGUAAAAAGCAUCGUGGGUCUGGACAGGACGUCAUCAUUUCGGCAGAAACAGGAAGUGGGAAAACGCUGGCAUUUGCGUUGCCUAUACUGCAACAAAUUCUCUCCCAAAUACCCGCUAAUGAUUACUCAAUCCCAGGGGAGGCGGAAUGCGAUGAAGCUGAAAAGGAAAGGGAAAAAUGGAAGAAGAGCAAAAAGCCCAUCAACAAAAUAGUACCAAGAGGCAAAAAAGCUUGUUUUACUAAGGAGGAACUUAGGAUUAACGACAACAAUAAAGAAGACGAUAAGAAGAAAUGCAGUAGCAUGAGAAGAAAGAGGCCGCGGGACGAAAACGAGGGGAAUGAAGGGGAAGCGUACUCUUCCACGACGCCAAACACGGUUCCUGCAGAACGGCUGAUGCAUGCUCUUAUUGUAUCCCCCACUCGUGAACUGGCACUCCAGAUUAACGAGGCCUUUCUUCAGCUAACUCAGCAUGCACGGCAUGUGGUUAUUGGUUGUGUAGUUGGCGGCAUGGCCCCGGAGAAGCAACAGCGCGUGCUGAAUCGACACCCACAUGUGUUGAUAUGCACGCCUGGUCGUCUUUGGGAGCUUGUCCAAAAGAACGAGGGUUGCUAUCUUGGUCACAGUAUUAGCCGCCGUCUUUCAUUUGUGGUGCUUGAUGAGGCGGACAAACUUCUUCAAUCUGGUCGUUUUCAGGAGCUGAAAAAUUUAUUGGAACGUAUUCACUGUGAGGUGUUGCCUGCAGGGUUUGUGCAGGAGCGUGAGGAGGGGGCUGAGGCAGAAGAAAUGGAACUGGAAGCGGGUCGCUGGGAUGAGGAAACACAGAAAUUUGUACCAUUUCCCAAAAAGAAAAAGGCGGACGGCAAAUUGGCGGGGGAAUCACAUGAAGAACAACAGCGGCAGCGUCGGCGGAAAGACGCUCCACGUCUUAUUCCAAUGCCCUCUCGUCCCCCAGAGGGUCACCGCACCAUCACAUUUGUCACAAGCGCCACACUGUCACUUCAGACGAAAUAUGAACGGAAGGAUCUUCGGUCCAAGAAGACGGUCAUCCGCACCUCCAAUGCUAACACCAUGGCGGCGGUUCUUCAGCAACUGGAGAUUAAGACCUCAAAUGCUAAGGUGUUCACCAUUUCACCAAAGGCUGAUGUGAGCGCGAAGAUAGAAGAAACAUACCUGCGUUGCCCAGGCGAUAGUAAAGAUCUCUAUUUGUACUACUUUCUCAAGAUGUAUCACGAGCGUACAAUUGUGUUUGUGAAUGCUAUAUCUAUGCUUCGUCGUCUCGUGAAAUUGCUGGAAGUGCUUGGUAUUCCAGUGGCAGGCCUGCAUGCCUCUCUUCAGCAGCGACAGCGUUUAAAGUUUAUUGACAAGUUUAGAAAGGGGGAAAAACGUGUACUAGUGGCCACAGAUAUUGCCUCUCGGGGUUUGGAUGUUGAUGGACUAAAACAUGUUGUCCACUUUCAGGUCCCCCGCUCGACGGAUGUGUACAUUCAUCGUUGUGGUCGCACGGCACGUUGUGGUGGCACUGGGCUUUCGGUUGUAAUGAUUGACGCACAGGAGCACGUCUCGUUUCAAAAACUGAUGGAUUCUCUUGGACGAGGAUCAAAAGAAAUGGAGGUGUUUGCACUCCAGCCAACUAUUGUGCAUCAACUUCAUUCGCACAUAAAAGUGGCGUUGCAGAUUGAUAAAUUACAGAAGGAGAUUGACAAAUCGAGAGCACGGAAUAAUUGGGCACGUCGUAUGAGCCGUGAGGCGGAUAUAGAGGUGGAUGACAUGGUUGACGACGAGGCGGACAAUGAGAAUCGCGCCAAGGAGAAGGCCAUCAAGGUACUAAAGAAGCGGUUGGAACUACUUGUCAAGAAGGAAAUGGGCACAGCCGGUGGCAGGGGUGGGUUUCGAGCCAGUGCACACGCUCUUGGAGCAAAAGAGGCGGAAUCGAAACUGGUGGAACGUGCCAUGAGGCAAACCACACAAGCGAAAAAUAAUAAAAAGCCGAGGCGUCGAGUCAGUGCAUGA